AUGGCUGGCGUGGUGGACUUCCAGGAUGAGGAGCAGGUGAAGUCCUUUCUGGAGAACCUGGAAGUGGAAUGCAACUGCCAGUGCUAUCGCGAGAAGGACCCAGACGGUUGCUAUCGGCUGGUGGACUAUUUGGAAGGGAUCCAGAAGAAUUUUGCUGAAGCUGCCAAAAUAUUGAAGUUCAACUGUGAAGAUAACAAGCACAGCGAAAGCUGCUACAAACUACGAGCCUAUUAUGUGACUGGAAAAGGUGGACUGACCCAGGACCUGAAAGCUGCUUUCAGCUACUUUUUGAUGGCAUGUGAAAAGCCUGGAAAGAAGUCUCUAGAAGCAUGUCACAAUGUUGGUCUCCUGGCACAUGAUGGACAGGUCAAUGAGGAUGGCCAGCCCAACGUGGGGAAGGCCAGGGACUACUAUACAAGAGCCUGUGAUGGUGGCUAUGCCUCCAGCUGCCUCAACCUCAGUGCCAUGUUCCUGCAGGGUGCCUCUGGCUUUCCCAGAGACAUGGGCCUGGCAUGUAAAUACUCGAUGAAAGCCUGUGGCUUGGGCCAUGUUUGGGCCUGUGCCAAUGCUAGCUGCAUGUACAAGCUGGGGCAUGGUGUCGACAAGGAUGAGGCCAAGGCUGAGCUGCUAAAAAAUCGGGCCCAGCAGCUACACAAAGAACAGCAGAAAAACAUCCAGCCCUUAACGUUUGGGUAAUACGGCCCAUCUUCCCUCCCAGGCAACAAACAGCAUGAGACUUGGCAUUGCCUGUUUUUGAGGCCUGACAC